AUGGGAUUGUGUGUGACUCAGGACCUCGACAACAACUGUGACGGAGACGCGCUCAUAGAGAUCGUGAGACAAAUAACAGAGGCACUGGUUUGGGGUGAGCAAACCAACCACAGCCAGUUCUUCGACUUCUUUUGUGAGAAGAGCAUUUUCAGUGAUUUGGUACACGUCCUCAGCUUGAAGAAAGCAUCAAAGAAGGUCAAAUUGCAGCUGUUACAGACGUUGUCUAUGCUCAUUCAGAACAUCAACCGGAAAACGUCCGUGUACUACAUCCUGAGUAACAAUCAUGUGAACAGACUGAUGUCGACCAACAUGGACUUUGACGACGAGGAUGUUCUUGCUUAUUAUAUCACCCUCAUGAAGUCUUUGGCUAUGCGGUUAGACAAUGAAUCCAUAAAGUUCUUCUUCAUUCAGCAUCCGGAGCCAUCCUUCCCGCUCUACAUCGAAGCGACAAAAUUCUUUAGUCAUCGAGACCACAUGGUCCGGGCAACAGUCCGCACCAUCACCUUGCAGGUGUACAAGAUCGAAGACCCACCCAUGCGUCGGUUUGUCCUUCGACAUGCCGCGGAGCAUUUGCCCUAA